CAAAAUGGCCGAUCUGACAUCUCUGCUUAACUCUGUUCUGUUUUCUUCUUCCAGUAAAAUGUUUAUUGGCGGCCUGAGUUGGCAGACCUCCCCAGAUAAUCUCAGAGAUUAUUUUAGCAAAUUUGGAGACAUUAGGGAAUGUAUGGUCAUGCGGGACCCGACAACAAAACGCUCCAGGGGGUUUGGUUUCGUUACAUUUGCUGAUCCUGCAAGUGUUGAUAAAGUAUUAGCUCAAGCUCAUCAUGAAUUAGAUUCCAAGACGAUUGACCCCAAAGUUGCAUUUCCCCGAAGAGCUCAACCUAAGAUGGUCACAAGAACAAAGAAAAUAUUUGUAGGUGGAUUAUCAGCUAAUACGGUAGUGGAAGAUGUAAAGCAGUACUUUGAACAGUUUGGCAAGGUAGAAGACGCCAUGCUUAUGUUUGACAAGACCACCAACAGACACAGAG